AAAAUGUUGGUUAUUGCGGGCGAUGCUGUGCUGAUGUUGUGACGUUAAGCGUUUUCGCCGUGCGCCGGGAAGUUGGAAAAAGCACGUAGCUGCGCGCGAGACCUGGCCGAGAUCACGCUCCGAGUUUCCGCCGAUUAUGGCCGCCGCCGCCGCGAGCUCCAAUGUCGAAAAUCUGUCGCCGCAAAUCAUCCGCCGGGUGGCCAAGGAGAUGGCAGAGCUGGUCGCGCAAACACCUGAAGGUAUUCGUGUCAUUUUGAACGAGGCCGACAUCACCGACAUACAAGCCGUCAUCGAAGGCCCAGCGGGGACUCCGUAUGCCGGUGGUUUCUUUAGAGUGAAAUUGGUUCUUGGAAAAGACUUUCCACAAGGACCGCCCAAAGCUUACUUUCUCACAAAGAUUUUCCACCCUAACGUAGCAAAAAAUGGCGAAAUAUGCGUCAAUACUUUAAAAAAGGAUUGGAAACCAGAUCUUGGGAUACAACAUAUAUUAUUGACUAUCAAGUGUCUACUGAUAGUGCCAAAUCCAGAAUCUGCUUUGAACGAAGAAGCUGGCAAAUUGCUUUUAGAAAGUCACGACGAAUAUUCCGAACGAGCGAAAAUGAUGACGGAGAUACACGCACAGGGAGGUGGGAAAGGUAGCAAGGCAGGCCUGGAAAGUUGCGCACCUUCGGAAAUCGGUGGACCUCUUCCAAAGAAGCACGCGAGUGACAGGAAGCUAACAGCAGAGAAGAAAAAAAUGUUAAAAGAUAAGAAGAGGACGCUGAAGAGAUUAUAAGAAAAAUCAAUACAUUAUUUAUCUGUCUUUUGUAAUUUAAAAUAUUAGUAUGAUAAUGUUGCCUCAUAUUGUAUACAAUGAUUAUUGCAUAGUAAAAUUUUAUUAUCUAAACUUGACUGAUCUUAUUAUUAAGUAUAUAGAGAAUUGAAUAGUUGUGCAGAAAUAGAAGAAUGAUGAGAGUAAAAUGUUUAUCCAUCUUGCGUGGAAGAUUAGUACAAUUCUAGUAGAUAGAGAUGUAAGCUGAAUUAGAAAUUUGCUCUACACUAUUAGGAGAUAUUUUUACAUAUGUACAGAACAAUACCAUGUGAUGAGUAAAAUAAAGAAAAUGGUCUUGUA